GUUUCGAAUUUAUCUACUUGUCAAUCGCCAUCUUUGUUUGUCUGUCAGCUGAGUCCUAGAAAAAAUAUUUUAUUGGUUUUAAGGGUAAUAUUAUUUCAAAAUGGAUAGAAACAUACGUUAUGAAGUGUUGUCUGGAGAAGAAGAAAGGGUUCCAGCAGAACCAGUUGUGUUAGCCAUGGUCAUUCCUCCACAAGUUGAAGAGUCAACACACCAAAACUCUGAAGAAUGUUUUGGUACCAAGCUGCCAACAUACCAAGAGGCAACCACAUUACCAACCUACGAGGAAGCUGAGAAAUCUAAAGCAGCAGAGGCUUUGAUACAGUCAGACCUGGAGAGACAGAGGGAAGAGGAACAUGACAGAUUCACAGAUAUUACGAUUGGCACUGAUGGAAUGUUUCUUUGUACAUUCAUUAUGUCAUUUUUGUUCAACUGGAUCGGAUUCUUGUUUUCUCUAUGUAUAUCCCAGACUGUGGCUGGGAGAUGUGGGGCAUUGUCUGGACUGGGGCUUAGCAUUGUAAAAUGGGUUGCCAUUGUAAAGCAUAAUCAAUGGGCUGAUGGGUUUGCUGAAGAAGAUUCGUGGCUCUGGUGGCUUCUAAUUUUCUGUGGAUUUAUGAUAUUUGUUCGUGGGGCAGUGCAGUACGCAAGAGUUAAAUUUGAAUGGAACAGAUUCAGCAUCCAUGGGCAGGUCCGCCGAUAUUACCUGUUUUAAUUGGCUGUCUUAUCAGCAAAACAGAUUGGGAUAAUUUUAUCAUUUCUUUGUUGAAUAUUGUACUGUAUAUAUGGUAUUUGAUGAUGAUGAGGAAGAAACUGAUGAAAAAAUGCCAUUUGAAGGUUUCGCCAUUACUGGUUAAAAUUUGUUAAUAUGAAACUUGCAUAUAAUUUGGAAUAAAGUAUCAUCAUUUUGGUAUAUUGUUAUGUACAGACACUGUUACGUAUUUAGUUAGGUUGCACAAUUGUACUCAAGACUCAUAAAAUCACCUAAAACUUUAUUUCUUGGAUGGAAAUUAGCAGUAAUAUGUAGGGGACCAUUUUUGUGUCGCCUCUACGGAGUAGUGGCGACAUAUAGGGAUCACUUCUCCGUCGUCUGUCUGUCCGUCCAUCCGUCACAAAACUUGUCCGGACUACUCCUCAUUAACUACUGGUGCAAUUUCAUCCAAACUUUACAGGAAUGAUCAGUACCAAGUCUAGUUGUGCAUAUUGUCAGCAUUUUCCGGUUCAAUGAUUUUUGUCAGAGUUAUGGCCCUUUAAUAAUUUUUAAUUUUAAAGUUUGUCCGGACUACUUCUCUUAUACCACUAAUGCAAUUUCAAUGAAACUUUACAGGAUUGAUCUGUAGCUCAAGUCCUUGCGCAUAUUGCACGUGUUUUCCGGUUGAAUGAUUUUUGGCCGAGUUAUGGCCCUUUGAUAAAAAGGUUUCUUUAUCUGUGUGUUGCAAGAUACACAAAAUCUUGUCCGGACUACUCCUCAUAAACUACUGGUGCAAUUUCAUCCAAACUUUACAGGAAUGAUCAGUACCAAGUCUAGUUGUGCAUAUUGUCAGCAUUUUCCGGUUCAAUGAUUUUUGUUUGAGUUAUGGUCCUUUAAUAAUUUUUAUUUUUAAAGUUUGUCCGGACUACUUCUCUUAUACCACUAAUGCAAUUUCAAUGAAACUUUACAGGAUUGAUCUGUAGCUCAAGUCCUUGCGCAGAUUGCACGUGUUUUCCGGUUGAAUGAUUUUUGGCCGAGUUAUGGCCCUUUGAUAAAAAGGUGUUUUUUUUCUGUGUGUUGCCAGAUACGCAAAAGCUUGUCCGGACUACUCCUCAUAAACUACUAGUGCAAUUUUAUCCAAACUUUACAGGAAUGAUCAGUACCAAGUCUAGUUGUGCACUGUCCGUCUGUCUGUCUGUCUGUCACAAAAUUUGUCCCAACAUAAAAUUGGCCAUCAUGAGGCGACACAUGUGAUUACUGAUCGCUCUUGUUUGUUGUUUUUAUUUUUUCUUCAAGUCUGUUAAUUAGGUCCUAUAUUAAAUAUAUAUAUAAAGUGAAUGGGAAAAUACUUGAUAGAAAUUAGAAUACAGAUUUAUUUAAAGUCUCGGUCCCUGUUCACGAAAGAUUUGAUUAUAUUUAUCACAGUAGGAAGGUACCAACUUCUACCAGUGAUUUAUCAGUCCUUGUACGGGAGCAGGGAACAUAUUAAUAUUAGAAUGAAUCAAAAUUACUUAGUUACAUCAGCUAUUUGUCAAAAACAACUUUAUACUAAUGUAAAAUUUUAUUACUGACAACGGUUGAUAUGGCUGGAAAAAAUACAGUAUUAGUUGGAAAAAAAUAACCCAAAAUAUGGCAGACAGUAGCACAGAAAAUGCAAAGUGAAAUUCCUACAAAAAACAGAGCUUUUCAACAUUGUCAUUAUAAAAUUAUUAUUACUGAGUGAAAUACUUAGUCUCCCUCAGGGACAAAGCUAUCCGACACUUUAACAUUUUCAGACAUUUUAUGGCUUCAAAGCAAAAUCAAUGUACUAAUUAUCUAAAAUGGCUUCUUUUUUUUACUGCUAAUUUCCUUGCUUUGCUUCAAUUUCAAGUUCUGUCCAUCUUUUGUGAAAGGUUAGCUAUGUAUAAAUGAUGGUGAUCUUUUUUUUU